GGUACGUCAACGGAAACGGAAGGGAAUGAAUGAAACGAGCGUUGAUAUGUAACCUGUAACACCCGUGGGUAAGACCUUCAUGCAGCUGGUACGAGGUCAGCGUGAAACCACCAGCCUCCACGGACACUUUGCAUGCCCCAAUCUUACCAUAAAAUGGGACGGUUUGGCCUCCCCCUCCUCCGCUACAUCUCUUCCCUUCCCUCCACCAGGACAUGCUGCCUGCACCAAGGGGCCUUCGCAGGUUCCCACCCCUGUUACCAGAGCACCAUCCCGGGUCACAGGUGCCAGCGCAGUAGGGGUGUGAGCACAGCCCUCAGCCAGCACAUACAGGACCUGAGUGGCCCUGAGCAGAGACUGUUGACAAAACUGUACGAAGGGCUGAUCGGGGGACAGCGGGCAUCUCUGGCCGAGUGCAUCACUCUGGUGGAGACGCAGCAUCCCAGGAAGAAAGAGCUGGCCCAGGUGCUGCUGCAGAGGGUGCUGGCCUACAGGACGGAGCAGGAAAGUCGUAAUGGAGGGAAGCCGGUGGCUUUCAGAGUAGGUCUGUCUGGUCCGCCUGGAGCGGGGAAGUCAUCCUUCAUCGAGGUGGUGGGGAAGAUGUUGACGGGACGUGGACAUAAAGUGUCAGUGUUGGCUGUUGACCCGUCCUCCUGCACUACAGGAGGGUCUCUGAUGGGUGAUAAGACUCGUAUGACUGAACUCUCCAGGGACAUGAACGCUUUCAUUAGACCGUCACCGACCUCUGGAACACUUGGUGGAGUCACCAGAACCACCAAUGAGGCCAUCGUUCUCUGUGAGGGGGCAGGAUAUGACAUCGUCCUUGUGGAGACCGUUGGUGUGGGCCAGUCAGAGUUUGCAGUGGCCGACAUGGUUGACAUGUUUGUGUUGCUGAUUCCACCAGCAGGGGGCGAUGAGCUCCAGGGUAUCAAGAGGGGCAUCAUUGAAAGGGCCAACUUGGUGGUGGUGACAAAGUCGGAUGGAGACCUGUUAGUGCCAGCACGGAGAAUCCAGGCUGAAUACACCAGUGCACUCAAGCUGCUCAGGAGACAGACCAAAUCCUGGAACCCCGAGCCCAAUGCAGCAUCUGCCCACUGGGCAAGCUGCCAGGCAACAACCCCUCCUCCCACCCAUGACCAAGCCCCGACUCCUGCUGCUCUGAAUACUUGGCUGCUGUGUCAUGCAUUUUGCUCAUUACAAGCCUGCACACUCAUGUCAAAGCUGAGAGGCUGCUCUCUCUUUCACUGUUUAUUCUUACCUUUGCCCUCUUUUGUGUCCGUCUGUUUGACCCAUAGUGACAUAAUCUAUGAUUUAUUCUCUCUGUCUUUUCAUCUUCAUCAGUCUGAGUUUUGACUUCCACCUCGCUCUGCAUUAAAACGUAAAACAUGAAUAACAUAAGUGCUACUUUGAUUUCUGUGUUCUUGGUAAUAUGUUAAAAAAAAAAAAAAAAAAAGAUACUAACAGUUAGGGCAACUAAUUUUUUUUCUAUUAUCAAUUAAUAGGCCGAACAUGCUCCAAAUGAAUUGAUAAAUUGUUAUGUUUAUAAAAUGUCUGAAAAUGGGGGGGGGAAACAUCCAAAGUUCCGAGAAACCCAGGGUGGCAUUUUCAAAAGCCUUGUGUUGUCAAACUAACUGUCCAAACCCCAAAGAAAUUAUUUUUUACGAAACUGAAAAAAGCAGCAAAUCCUAACAUCUGAGAAGCUGGAACCAGAGAAUAUUUUGACUUUUUUCUUAAAAAUAGACAUAGUUGAUUAGUCGAUUAAUAAAAUGGUUGCUAAUCAAAUUUUCCGUCAAUCAACACAAAUCAUUUAUCGUCAAUCAUUUUAGCUCUACUUAUGAUAAGAAUUCCCCAAAAAUUUAAAGUGUCAAUUAUCAUUUGCCUAUCAUCAAGUACACCUUGAGUAUGAGUAUUGUCUGUUAAUGUUUUGGUUAAAAGGGGCACUCCAGCAGUUUUACAUGUCAAAGUAAAGUUACUAGUCUCCGGAAAUAAAGCUUAAGCUAUGUAAACAGUUGCAAAAUGUCUUCCGGAGGAGCUUUGUCAAGUCUGAAAGAAAUACCCGGUUGAUGCUCCUUCGCCC